GUGAGUGUCUGUUAUGUCAACAGGAAAGAUCAGGGUAAUAACAGUAUCAUGCAUUACUGAUUUUGCAUCAAAAUAUUUGUAACAAUUUAAUCAUGUAGUAGUAUGAUAUGCGAGGAUCAAACCACUUCAAGGGGUAGGUUGAUGGCAAUAUGAAUCUAGAUAAAUUACUAUAAAGAUAAUCUAUAUUUUUGUGUAAGGUGGGGGCAGUGAUAAACAUAAUUUAUUUGCCUUUAAGGACAGUUAAGAACCUAAAGUGCAUUAACGAUUCAGUACAACUCUUUUUAGUUUGUCCCAUACAAGUGGUCUUUCCCAUGAAUACGUCAUAACCAGGAAAAGUGGAAAGAGGUUUCGAGUACAAAUAUUACUUUAAUACUUUACAACCCUGCGUUUAAAAUGCGUCGUGGCGGAACUGGGGAGACGAAAGAUGCCAGUGAAGAAGUGCAAAAAAUAUGUGAUGAGAUAAAGUCACAUGUCGAGGAUAAAGCUGGGCGGACGUUUGACGUUUUCAUUGCCAAAUCGUAUAAAACACAAGUUGUUGCUGGAAGAAAUUUCUUCAUCAAGGUGCAUGUAGGUGGAGACGACUUUUUACAUCUACGUGUUUAUCAAACUCUGCCCUGUUAUGGACAAAAACUGGAGCUACACGGCCUGUUGACAUCCAAGACUCAUCAUGAUGCUAUUGAAUAUUUCGACCAUAACCUCUAGGAAGACACCCAGGCAUAAUAUUUCCUGCAAUUGAUCCAACAAACAUAUAAGUCUGUGUGUAACCAUGAGUAAAAGAUAAUGAAGAUUUUGUUUGUAUCUGCCGCCUUCCCGUGCUAUCAGUAAUUUAAUCAUUCCAACUUCUGAAGUCCUGAUUACGGCUAUUUUGGGGAUUUUCGCCUGGAUUUGGCCUACCCAAUUUCAAAAGUUUCCCAUACCCACAUGCAGAGGUGUACCUACAAAAGUUUAGUAUCAUUUUACAGGAAACCCUUUGAAAUUACAUAAAACACUGUUGAAAGUGCAGACAUGGUUGUAUGUGUUGUUGUAUGUGUUGUCAGUCCUCUAAUAAACACAAAAAAUAAA